AUGGUUAAGACCAGAGCUGAUGAGGUGCAUGAAGAGCCUGUAGAGACAGCUGUUGAUGAUGUAGUUACUGAUGUCGAGGGUUUUCCAGGCGGACCCCACGAUAAAUCAGUUUUGAUGGACUAUGUUUAUCAUAUGACAGUGACAAUUUGGAAUAGAGGGGAACGUCCUGAGUUGAAGUUGUCCUCCUAUGAAAGGAAGGUAGAGAAAUUUGGCAGGCUUGCUCCAGAUAUUGAAGGCUUAGUGGCUGCCACAGGAUUAAGUCCUCUAAUCGCAUGUUUGCUGGACACUGGUGAUCAAGGACUUAUCUCUACUUUUGCGGAGAGGUGGCAUAAGAAAACUAGUAAUUUCCAUUUGCCGAUAGGAGAUGAGACUAUCACCCUGGAUGAUGUAGCAUCAUUGCUACUUCUGCCCAUUACAGGCACCUUCCAUAGCUUUGAGGCUCUUCAUGUGGAUGAUGUCGUCUUCCUUUUAGUUGAAUUGCUUGAAAUGAGUUUUGAAGAGGCAAGAGCUGAGACAUGUUGGAUCUACGAGCAUUUUCCUUUUGUUGCUUCUUUUAUUUCUGCUAAAGAUUAUGAUGAGAGGAAACCACGUGCUUGUCGUUGGAAGUCAGGAAGGGCAUUGCCAGUGUCGAUGUAUCGUAAGCGUCUAGAUAGAUUGACGUUUGAUUCUGUGUGCUGGAUUCCUUACUCUGACCACCGUGCAUUAAGAGAAUUUGAGCUGAUCUCUUUAUUUUCCAAACAUAUCCAUUGGGGUCCAUCUAUUGUUGUACAUCGAUCAGAGAGGGUUGUGCGACAGUUUGGGUAUGUGCAGACCAUUCCACCGCACCCUACUGCUCCAUGUCUAUAUGUAGAAUAG